AUGUCGUUUACAGGAACAUUGGAUAAAUGCAAGGCCUGUGACAAAACCGUCUACGUCAUGGAUUUGUUGACGUUAGAAGGAAACACUUAUCACAAAAACUGCUUCAGAUGCAGCCAUUGCAAUGGCUCUCUCGUGAUAAGUAACUAUUCAUCAAUGGAUGGAGUUCUUUACUGCAAACGUCACUUUGAGCAGCUUUUUAAAGAAUCUGUCAAGAGUUUUCAGACAGGAGGAAAGACAGAGAAGCCGAAUGAUCAGCUGACUCGAGCUCCAAGCAAGUUAUCUUCAUUCUUCAGUGGAACACAAGACAAGUGUGCUGCUUGUCAGAAAACCGUUUAUCCACUUGAGAAAGUUACAAUGGAAGGAGAAUGUUUCCACAAGACUUGCUUCAAGUGUGCACACAGUGGUUGUCCUUUGACUCACUCUUCUUACGCUUCUCUCAACGGUGUACUCUACUGUAAAGUCCAUUUCAACCAGCUCUUUCUUGAGAAAGGAAGUUACAAUAACGUUCAUCAAGCUGCUGCUAACCACCGUAGAUCAGCUUCUUCUGGUGCCUCUUCUCCUCCUCAUGAUGAUCAGAAACCUGAAGAUGAGGCUGUGGUUCCCGAGGGAGAAGGAGGAGGAGAAGAAGAAGCAGCCCCUGAAGCUGAAGGAGAAGAGCCUAAGCCUGAGGCUGAGUAA